AUGUCUGAUGACCAGGGCAAAGAGCUGUCACCAGCUUUUGCUGGGAGCAGCCUUGAAGAAACGGUUCCAGUUCCAGCUGAAGUAGAAGCUGCAGUGGCAGUUCCACCUCAGAAUCCUCCGUCAGACCUGGCUCAGGUAGGAGGCCUGGAUGACGUUGAGGUCUGGCCUGCAGUCGAGCCAGACGAGAGUGAGUGCUGUUUUAUGGACUAUAGCGAGAUCGGCUUUUCGGUUGAGGUGGCAGAGACUGAGAACGAGAGCAAUAGCGAGAGGGAGAGCGAGAGCCAGAACGAGAAUGAAAGCGAGAUCGGUGCUUCGGCAGCCCUAGAUGUGCAGGCCAGCCAAGCCGGUGCCCAGUCAUGGCCGGAGGAGGAAGAGCUCCAUGGUUUUCUGCACCUGUACAAGGCUACCAGAAAAGCAACAACGAAAGAAAGGGUGAUGCACAGAUCCAUGUUGGGUAUCCUCAACAUUCCAGCCAUGAUGACCCGGGAUAACCUACGCAGUUUCUUGGCACCGUUUCAGGAAGUCAUCGAUGAGGUAAAAAUUAUUAAAGACGCUACUCUUAGCCAGUAUAUGGCACUGAUCAAAUUUGUUGCUGAAGAUAUUGCUGAUAACUUUUACAUGGUGUACAAUGGUUGCUCUUUUAACGAAAAGGACAGUGAGGCCUGUCAGCUGGUUUAUGUGGGGAGGUUUGAAGCACUAAAAUCAGAUAGGGCCAGCUUUCCAAUGAAAAACCUUAUAGAACUUCCUCGGUGCACCGUAUGUCUAGAGAGAACCGGUGAUUCCAUGCAAAGCAUCCUCACCUGGUUAUGUGACCAAAGCUUUGAGGACGAGAGUUACCAGAACCCAACAAGCAUGAUGUGUCCAGUGUGCAGUUACUUCCAUAUGCCAGAGCAAGAAGAAGCUAGGUGUUUUGAAUGUGGGGUUACGGGAAGCCUCCAUAUUUGUUUGAUUUGUGGCUAUUUCGGGUGUGGACGAGCUGUGUUAGGGCAUGCUGACAAGCACUUUGAUGAAACAAAGCACGCAUAUGUGAUGCAAGUAAAUGACCACAAAGUCUGGGACUAUAUUGAAAAUAAUUAUGUCCAGUCAGAAACAUGCCACAGCUCUAGCUAUAUGGGACAGUAUGAGAAAGACACAAAUGAAGAGAAAAUUACUGCUCUCCAGCUAGAGUACUCAUAUUCACUGUCAAAACGUCUUGAAUCUCAGCAAAUCUUUUGGGAACAGAAGAUAAUGCAAAUAGAAAGGGAGUACCAUGAGGAAAUUAACAACAUGAAGGCUAAACUUUCCUUAAUAAUUGAGAGAUGUAGUAAACAGGAAUGUGAAAUAAAUGACUUACUAAAACAAAAGCAAGCUGCGGAGGAAAAGUGUACCCUUCUGAACGCACAAGUAUCCGAACUCUUCACUGAGCUCAAGGAGGAGCAAGAAAAAAACAAGAACCUGAUAGCCAACCAAAUUGUCUUAGAAAACCAGCAUAAGGAGGAGGAGAAAGUUCUGAAGGACGCCUAUCAACACAUAGAAGUGCAGAUUACUCAGAUCCGAGAGCAAGUGCAAGAUACCAUCUUCUACUUAGAGGCCCAGCAUGAAGUCAGUGAUCCCUCGGCUGAAACUGGACAGGAGAGCCAAGAAGGACAGAGCAGUAUUGCCAUGGCUGCCUCUGCAAGCCCUCCCCAGGAGGAGGAAAUGUAA